CUAAACCCACCCCUCCUCGAACGCCACUUAACCCACUGUCUGGCCCGGUCGUUUCCCUCUCGCCUUACCCGUCGCUCACCCAGACUCGACCUUCGACUCGUCCUGUCUUCUCUCUCACAACUGCCUCGGUGUAGUGUAGUCGGGCAGUCCUCUCUCGCUCAUCAGCACUGCCAUCUCGGCCUCUUCUUCGUGAUAUCUUUGAAAAGAAAAGGUGCGACGCAUACACUACGACAACAACGGACGCAUAGCGGCGAAGUGGUUGCCGCCUACAUCUCGGAGCUCUCCUCAAGUCGGCCAACGGCGCAAUCUUGGAACCCACCUCCAGUGCUCCAGCACCUCCUCGACAGCUCCCCCGAGCUCGAAACUGUGGGCAUUAUCCUGCGCCAUCUACUCUACUUCAGUACGUGCGUUUCUGGCAUCCCACAACUCCUCCAACGUUUUCUCUCAAACCCCUACGCCUCAGUCGCCGCUUGCCCAUAG